ACUUGCAUGACACGUUAGUACACAUUUCAGCCAUCCAUUUCAGCCACGUGGCUUUUAUUUCUCUCUGCAAAUCUAUCUGUAUAUUUCUUCACUGCAGCACUGCUUGAAGCUUUGCUUGGGAUUUGCUGUCUCUUGAUUGUUAAGGAGGUUUUGGUUUGUGAAAUUUGGAUAUGUUUUGGCUAUUUCUUGAUACUUCUUGAGCAAUGUUUGAUUGGGAUGAUCAAGAGCUUGUAGAUAUAUUAUGGGCUGGGGCUGAGGACACUAGUGAUCAUAUCGUACCAUUUCCUCGUGGAUGUGAAGAACUACCUGCAGAUGUGCCAGGGGAUCUUAUUAAGACGCCGCAGAAUGAAGAGAUUGCCAAUGGGAAAAUGUCUAAGCAGAAGAAGCCUGUUUCCUCGAGUGAGUUAGACGGGGUUAAACAGGAGAUAUCUUUCGAAUUUGAUAAUAAUAAAAUUCUUUCAGUGGAUGGAGACAGUGUGGACUCAUGGAGCAAAUCCUUGGCCAAGGUGUCCAAGAAUUCGAGGGCAGAUAAGCCCACUAAACAAGAUGGUGGCUCUCAAAUUUUACAAGAUCUCAGUGAUGACAAGGAAAGUGAUUUGGUUGGCUACGACUGGCAUACCAUUGGAAGCUUUGAAGAUCUAGAUAGAAUGUUCAGCAUUGGUGAUACCGAAUUUGGAUGUACAAGUCUCGAAAAUACUGAUGAGCUCUGGCCGUGUUCCAUGGACUACUCAAGCUUCGCGUCUGGAGCACCUAGUACAUCCGAUCAAUGUGGUAAAACAGAAGACAUGUUAGACCAAGAUCAGCCAUGUUCCCUUGGAUACAGUAACAUGAAUGAUCUCACACGCUGUUUUCCACAGAAGAAGCUUGCAGAGUUUAAAAAUCAUCCCUUUGGGGAUAACAAGAUUGAUAGGGAUAUGGUUAGCAAGACUCUACAAGUCGACUCGGAUUUCAGUACUGGGAAAGUUUCAGUCCCAACAGAAUUUUCAGACAAGGUGGAUAGACAAAAGUAUAUACUGAGAAGACGUAAAAGAUCAGGAGAAGAUAGUAAAGCCAGACCUUAUCAGGAUCUCCCCAAGACCUGGUUUUCAUCAGAAAACCAAUUUCUGCAACUUGAAGACCACCAUGCAAAGACUGGACAGUCUCCUGCAUUUAAGGGGAUUAAUCGGCAAAUAAAAUUCCCAGAAACUGCAUCUUCUCCAUACAAUAAAUUUACCACUGCACUUUUUUCUCCUUCUGGGCAUACACAUGUGCAUAUUCAAGAUCCUUUUACGCCCAUUUUGCCACAGUUUCAUUCUUCUUCAAAAGUUCCUUCCGGCAGAUCAAAAACUUUAAACAAGUUUCCAGCCUCUUCAGCAAACCCUUUGACAAUGACGCCUGAAGAGAAGAUUAAAAAGCUGAGGCGACGACAACAACUGCGAGCUAUGCUUGCAAUUCAAAAGCAACAGAAGCAGUUUGGUCAUGACACCUCUGAAUCUCAACAGUCGAUUUAUCAGAAAUAUACCAUUCCUGAUCAAUUGCAGCUUGCAGGAGGGAACUUAGAAGUUGACGUUUCAACUCUUAAUAUGAACUCACCAGCGGAACAGGAUUAUUCUGGUACAAUGUCUUUGGCAAGUGAUGAUUGCUGCCCGGAGAGUGCAAUACUUUAUCGGCUUCAAAAUAUUGUUGCAAAGCUAGACGUUCAACUAAGACUUUGCAUUCGAGACAGCUUAUGUAGAUUGGCUCAAAGUGCGACACAAAGGCAACAUGCUAAAGAUACAGGCAGUGCAAUGAAACAAAGUGGAAAUUAUUUAAACUCUCUGUCUGAAGAAGGCACGAAUUCGGACAACAGAUAUGCAAGAACACCAGAGGGGGAGACUGAUACCAACCCAAUUGACCGUACUGUUGCUCAUUUACUAUUUCAUAGGCCUAUUGAGUUAUCAGAAAAUCUCGAGACAGCUGAGUCACCUAGAUCUGCCAAGAUGCUCCAAGAGAGAACAUCAACUUGUUAACAAUGCCUGAGGGGAAUUUUAGCUGAAAACUACAACAGUAUGGAAACAAGGUCUGAUGAGGUAUUCAGAGGUCUCGGUUGCUCUGAAAUAGAAAAAUCUAAGACCAGCUCUUAUGUGAACAUAUCUGAGUAAGCAUCAAACUGUGAAGAGGUACAAAAGAAGUGACAGAGCUUCAGCCUCACACCAACUGAUAAAGAUAGCUACUUCAUUUAUCUUUCUUUCUACUUCUUUGCGCUCGAAUAUAUACUAGCAAUUACCUUUUCUUGCA